UAUGUACAGUUCAGUGGUUGCUCUGUUGCUUCAAAAAUUUUGACAUCUGACCCUUGGAAAGAAGAAAAUACACUGAAGUUCAGAAAUUUCUGGUAUUGUCAUGAUAACAUAGUUACCUGCUCUCGUGAUGGAAGUGCUAUUAUAUGGGUUCCCAGAUCACGGAGAUCUCAUGGAAAAGUUGGACGUUGGACUCGUGCAUAUCAUUUAAAAGUGCCACCACCGCCCUUGCCUCCUCAACCUCCAAGAGGGGGUCCAAGACAGAGAUUUCUUCCUACUCCUCGUGGUGUCAAUAUGAUUGUGUGGAGCCUGGACAAUCGCUUUGUACUUGCUGCUAUUAUGGAAUAUGUGUUUGGAAUGCAGCCGAUGGCAGCUUAGUGCACUCUUUGACUGGUCAUACUGCUUCUUCUUAUGUUUUGGAUGUUCAUCCUUUCAACCCUCGGAUAGCUAUGAGUGCUGGGUAUGAUGGACGAACCAUUGUGUGGGAUAUAUGGGAGGGCAUACCUAUUCGAACAUAUGAAAUUGGACGUUUUAAGUUGGUUGAUGGGAAGUUUUCUCCGGAUGGAACAUCAAUUGUGCUUUCAGAUGAUGUUGGCCAAAUAUAUUUUCUGAAUACAGGUCAAGGCGAGUCGCAGAAGGACGCAAAAUAUGAUCAGUUUUUUCUUGGUGAUUAUCGACCCCUUAUUCAGGAUACUCAGGGAAAUGUUCUUGAUCAGGAGACUCAACUUCCACCACAUCGAAGAAACAUUCAGGAACCACUUUGUGAUUCUAGUAUGGUGCCAUAUCCAGAACCUUAUCAGAGUCAAUUUCAGCAACGUCGACUAGGUGCUCUUGGCAUUGAAUGGCGUCCUUCAUUGAUAAAAUAUACCGUCGGUCCAGAUUUUAGUGUUGAUCAGGACUACCCUGUGAUACCUUUGGUAGAUUUGGAAGGAAUGAUUGAGCCACAACCAGAGUUCAUAGAUGCCAUGUUCUGGGAACCAGAAUAUGACAUUGUUGUAAGUGACGACACUGACUCUGAAUACAAUGUGAAUGAGGAUAAUUCUAGUGCAGCUGAGCAAGGGAGUGUCAGUGCCAUCUCUUCUAGUGAUCUAGAGUGCAGUGAAGAUGACUCUAGUAAUAGGGAUGGCCUUCGAAGAUCAAGAAGGAAAAAACAUAAUGUUGAAGUUGAGGUAAUGACCUCCUCUGGAAGGCGUGUUAGGAAAAGGAAUUUGGAUGAAUGUAAUGGUAAUACUUCUGGAAGUAACAGAACCAAGAAAUCCAAAGGCAGCUCAAAAUCAUCAAAACGGAAAUCUUCUAAAGCUAAGAAAUCAAGACCACAGAGAGCUGCUGCACACAAUGCUCGUAAUAUGCUCUCUCAAUUUGGGGAAACAUCUACUGACGGGGAAGAUAAUUAUUCUGAUGAUGAAUCAUCAGACAGUUUCCAAGAUUCAGAUGAUCUUAGUGAACCUGAGAGGAAGAUUGAUAAUAAGCGUGAUGAACGUAAAGAACCCUUUUUGGAAAAGUUUGCAAAUGUUUCCAGGCCUCCUGCACACACUGAGUCCCAGACAAAUGUUGAAAGUAGACCAAGAUUGGUUGUUAAGUUUUCACUUCGUGAUUCUAAGAAGAAUGUGCCCAUAGAGGACACAAGACUAGCAUGUGAGACUCGUGCUGAUAUAUUAUGCCAGUCUUCUAGACCCCAAGCCCAAGAAAGCGAUAAAAAAUGUUUUUCAGACAAAAGUUCUGUUGACCCAGUAUUAUCUACAGAUGCAACUGAUGCUAAACUUCCCGAAAGCCACAACAGACAUGAAAAUAGUUAUAAAACACAAGCUGGAAGUGCUUCAGAUAAUCUGGAUGCGUCCAUGUGUUUUGAGGCAAAUGCAGAUCAGUGCAGAAAGAUGAAGAGACGCACAUAUGAACUUUCAAGCUCAGGGGAUGUUUUGCUGACUGGUGAUGUUGAUGACCAUCUUGAACACAAUGCCAAUGGGAGAUCAGAACAUAUGAUUAAUACAGAGCUGGCUGAUUUUGACGAUGCACCUAAAUUUUCAUCACCUGAACCUUUGUUUCUUGGUAAUCAUCAGCCAAAUGUUGAUGAUUCCUUGACAUCUAGUUAUGACAAGUUCAAUGGUGGUGAUAAAGGCCAGUCUGGAUCUGGCAGAUGCGGAGAGGACUCACUGGAAAACAAUGAAGUUGUUCACUCAAGCAACUCUCUUGACCUCAAAAUGAAAGCACCUGUGAAAUCGACCAAGUUAGUUAUUAAAAAGAAGCCGGUUUCCGCAGAUACUGAAGGUCCUUGCAAACUGAAAUUUGUUUGUCCUAAGGCAGAUCCAACUGGUGCUAGAGGUAAUUUAAUCUCUGGAAAUUCCUCUUUUACGGGGCCCAACAUAGUAAUGGAAGUACCAGAGGAUGAAGAUGACAGAAAAUUUAGUUCUUCAGAGCUACUGAAUUCAUAUUCUGACAAAAGAAGUUAUGAUCACGUCCAUGAAGGGGGCAAGUCAUAUAGAGGGGAAGUCGAUCCAGAUGGUUUUGAUUGUGAUCUGAAAGAAAACACCUCAGUUUUCAGCAACCAACGGGGUUUAGGAAUUGGUUUACCUGAUCUUGUCGGUGAUCCAAUACGUCGAACACGAUCUAUAAGGGUGAAGACAACUUCUGAGGAGCCAAGCACUUCAAACAGAAGGAUUAAAAUUCGAGGGGGCCAAAGUUCCAGGGGCACUUCUGAUCGGGAAGAUUCUUCUAUCAAAGUAUCCGAUCAACUUCAUCGAAGAACAAGGUCUGGCAGAAACAGGCAUGGUGAAUACAUUGCCAAUGACCCUGGUAUUUUAACUCAAAGGGUGUUGAAUCACCAUGUCAAAAAGUUGUCAUGGCUGAUGCUGUCAGAGCAUGAAGAGGGUUACCGAUAUAUCCCUCAACUUGGUGAUGAAGUUGUAUACUUGAGACAGGGCCAUCAAGAGUACAUAGAGUCAUGUAUGCUAUCUGAAUCAGGUCCGUGGAGAUCAUUUCCAGGACUAAGUGCUUCUGAAAUUUGCAAGGUUGAAGAGCUCGAGUAUGCGGAGCUCCCAGGUUCUGGGGAUAGCUGUUGUAAACUUAAACUUAAAUUUGUGGAUCCUUCUUCAUAUGUGCAUGGCAAAUCGUUUAAAUUAACUCUACCUGAAUUGAUUAACUUCUCUGAUUUUGUUGUUGAGAAAACAUGGUAUGAUACUGCCAUGAAGAGAAAUUGGUCUUCAAGAGAUAAAUGCAUGGUCUGGUGGAGAAAUGAAGACGGGAAAGGUGGAAGUUGGUGGGAUGGUCGAAUUAUAUCUGUGCAGGCAAAAUCUCAAGACUUCCCUGACAGUCCUUGGGAAAGAUAUCUGAUCCAGUACAAAACUGAUCCAACAGAAAAUCAUCUGCAUAGUCCGUGGGAACUAUAUGAUCUGACAAUUCUAUGGGAGCACCCCCACAUCGAUCAUGAUAUAAGAGAUAAGCUGCUGGCUUAUUUCACUAAAUUAGAGGAGAAGUUUGAUAUCCAAGCAUUGAACCAAAUAGCUGAGAAGUCAGAGUUUUCCAACAGGUUUCCUGUUCCAUUCUAUCCUGAACUGAUUCAGUCAAGAUUGAAUAAUGACUACUACAGGAGUGUGGAAGGUGUCAAGCAUGAUAUAAUGGUAAUGUUAUCAAAUGCCGAGGACUUCUUUACCAUUACCAAUAAUGUUCAACUGUUGAGCAAGGUGAGGAGAAUAUCAGGAUGGUUUAGAAGGAGACUUGAAAGGAUAUAGAAGGUCCAAAUUGGGUCUUAUAGGUUUCUUCUAACAUUGUUUUUCAUUCUUUAAUCCAAUUUUGGAGAAUUAGUUGGUCUUUAAGCAAUAGUUUUAUAGAAUGGAGAAGGCCAUAGGUGGUGGUAAAUAUUAGCUGUCACGUGUGUAUAUAUAUACAGACUAACCUUUUAAAUGCCAAGUGUCAUUUGGAUGGUUUGUGCGGCUUU